AUGGUUGAACAUUUAAAUAAUGAAUCUAGUAUCAAGCUAAAAUCUACUGGCGAAAAAUCAUACACUGCAACUGCUGGAACCAUCGCUACAUCAAUACCUUUAUUAUUAACACCUCAAUGUACACAAAUAACUACGAUUAAAAAUAUUCAAUCCAUGUCAGAUGAACAAUUUGCACUUAUCGAAAAGAUUCCUGAUGUUGUGGCCUGUGAUUAUAUUCAAAUCGCACAAGAGCCAACAAUAGUUGCUGUGAUAACUUCAAUUGGAUUAGUAGAACAGCGUUGUAUCUGUGCAAAGUGUUAUUCAGCUGAUGUCCAGUGUAAUGAUAAAACCAUAAAAUGUAUAACAUGCAAAUCAAGAUCAUUAUAUUUGGAACAGUCAGUUGAACAAAAACAAAUGAAACUUAAUGCUAUGGAUACUAAUCAGAAGGUAUUUGAAUUUAUCGUCAAAGCAUCUCAAAUUCAAACUUUAUUACAAGAAUCCAAUCAUCAUGAACUUUGUGAAAACGAUUUAAUUGAAAAUGAAAACGUUUUACUUGCUUUAUCUUCGAUUAAUAUCGUCAUUAACUUCAAUCCAAAAACUAGGAAUAUAAAUACUAUCGCAUUAAACAACAUUAAUAAUAAUUAA